AAUGCGAAAUUUUUGUAGUGUUUAGUGUCACGAUUGUCAGGACCCUCACGACGCACAAAUGUAAGUUGUCGCUGCUCUUUCGGUACAAUAUGCUAAACCUGUAUGGCCUGUAUGUUUCGGAAUCGAGGAUAACCGGGAAAAGAAAAGUGCUGCGUGGUUUUGUUUUUGCUUCGGUGCCGCAAGUCAAGAUUGCCACAGGCGAAGCGGAGAUAAUUGAACUGUUUCCCAUGCGGUUCGCACUGUGUGACACAAGUUAAUACGAGGCACAAAGCGCAACAACUGCCCGUUGGUCAUGUCGUCCCAGGAUGAGAACUCCGAUUCUGUGCUCGAAUACAUGCCAUCGUUUCCACCGGGACCCUUGGACAGUUACAGGAAGCUGGCCUCCUUUGACUGGCGAAAGUUGAAAGUGGCCCUAGAAGGCGAAGACAUUAUACGUUUCAAGGCCAAGGUAUUCAAGACUCUGGAGAAUGACCCUCUAUUUUCACGCCAACCUUUUGAUGACAUCACCUUGGAAGAGCACCGUCACUUGUGCUUCCGGCGGAUGAAGCGCAUCUUCGAGUACCAAUUCUACUCACAGGAAGAGUUCUUCCAGAAUCCGUUUCUCUCAUCUGCAUGCAACAACUGCAUCGGGGCCUACGACUGGUCACUCUCCAUAAAGAAAGUCCUCUGUUUUGAUAUGUUCAUUGGAGCUGUGAGGGGACUGGGCACAAAGAGGCACAUGAGGAUGUUUGACGAAAUACUCAAGUUUGAGGCAGCUGGAUGUUUUGCACUGACUGAACUCAGCCAUGGAACAAAUACAAGAGCCAUGCGAACCGAGGCAUUAUAUGACCCAAACACACAGGAGUUCAUCCUGAACACUCCUGACAUCGAAGCCAUCAAGGUCUGGUCGGGAAACAUGGGCCAGACGGCUACAGACGCCAUAGUGUUUGCUCAGUUGCUGACGGCCGAUCGGAAGAACCGGGGCCUGCAUGCUUUCAUUGUUCCCAUCCGGAACCGCAAGACUCUGCUUCCAUUUCCAGGUGUCCUUGUGGGUGACAUGGGACCCAAGCUGGGCCUCAAUGGCAUCGACAAUGGGUUUCUGUCCUUUCACGACUACCGCAUACCUCGAGAGAACCUGCUGAAUAGGACUGCAGAUGUGACACCUGAAGGGGAAUACGUCACACCACUGAAGGAUCCAAAAAAGAGGUUUGGAAUGACCCUGGGCUCCCUGUCUAUGGGACGUGUGGCCAUUGUGGGCAUCUGCACCACCAACCUCAUCAAGAGUGUUGUGAUCUCCACCCGGUAUUCAGCUGUGCGUCGCCAGUUUGGUCCAGAGAACCAGGAGGAGUGGCCAGUCAUUGAGUACCAGCUACAGCAAUGGAGGCUAAUUCCAUUCCUCGCAGCUGCGCAUGUGUUCAACUACUACUCGGCUGCAUUGUACCGGGAGUUUGUCAGCUUCCACAUCGCGGUCCUUUUUGGCGAGAAGUCUCCCGAAGUGUCAGAACAAGGUGUGGAGUUGCACAUCUUGUCAUGUGCCGCCAAGUGUAAAGCAGGCUGGCUGGCCAGGGAUGCGAUACAGGAGAGCCGCGAGGCCUGUGGUGGCCAUGGCUAUCUCAAAGUGUCGGGUCUUGGCGAGCUGCGCAAUGACAACGAUGCCAACUGCACCUACGAGGGGGACAACAACGUGCUUCUGCAGCAAACAAGCAACGUGCUGCUGUCGCUGGUGCAAGGGCGCAAGACGGGCCAGCCCCUGCCAGCCUCCAUGGCAACCAUUCAAUUUCUCAAUGACAUGGAGGCCAUCCUGCAGGGCACCCUGGCAGCGACCACUGUUCGCGAGAUGACCGACAUUAAUGUGAUCUUGGCGGCAUAUAAGUGGCUGGUCUGCUACCUGCUGAAGGUUAGCGACGAGAAGUACACCACACUGGUGUCUCAGGGAGAGGACCAGUUUUCAGCCAAGAACAACACACAAGCCUUCUGCCUCCGUGAACUGGCCCUGGCUUACAUUGAGCACACCAUUGUGGAAAAGUUCCAGAAUUUUAUUGCUGAUGUGAAGGAUCCUCAACUGUCUGUUGUGCUGCAGCGAAUUAACUCCCUUUUUGCGCUUUGGAGCCUGGAAAAGCGCAUAGGGGACCUCUAUGGGGGUGGAUAUUGCGCAGGAGAAGCUGCCAAGAAUUUGAUGCGUGAAGGCAUUCUGCAGCUAUGCCGUGAGCUCAAAGAUGAUGCUGUCACGCUGGCAGAUGUCAUUGCUCCACCCGAUGUCGCCCUCAAUUCUGUUCUCGGCUGCUCAGAUGGACAGGUGUACAAAAAGCUGUUCCAGUCAUUCGUUCUUUCUCCUGGAGGCACGCAGCGGGCACCUUGGUGGAAGGAGUUCCUUGACAAACCUGUCAUGGGCUCCCUCAUGGCGAAGCUCUGAGGUCGUAUAUUGCCAGGGGCGCAACAUUUUAUGAUAUAACGUCUGUGAAUGCAUUGGUAUGUCAGGUCAGCAUCACCAGAUUGUGCUCACAUGCACACACUGCAUAUUUGGUGAACGAGAAAGAAGUGUCACUGAAUGGCAGGUUUCCCACAGUACUAGUUGACCUGGUACGCACCAAGGUAAGAGAGUGAGUGAGUGUUGGCAGAUUGUGUCUUACACCAUUCAUUUUAAGCAAGAAUUUUUUUAUUGAUCAGCUCUUAGUUGACUUGCAGUGAAUGUUAUGGCAAUAAGUUGCUUUGUAAUUUUAAUACAGUGUUCAGAUAUGUUGUAACAAGCAUCAGGGGUAGUGCUGCUAAGCACGAGGUCACAGGAUCAAAUCCCGGCCAUGGAGGCUGUAUUUCCAUCGAGGUGGAAUGUAAAAACGCCUGUGUCCCAUGCAUUUAGGGCACGUUAAAGAUCCCCUGGCAGUCAAAAUUAAUCCGGAGUCCUCCAUUCCGGUGUGCUUCAUAAUCAAAUCGUGGUUUUGGCACUUAAAACCCCAGAAUUCAAUUCAAAUUCAACAAGCAUCCACUGCAUCGGCUCAGCAACUGUAUUCUGCUGCCAAGCACUGUGUUGAGUUUUCUACUCCCAGGUGCCAUGACCACAUUCCGAUGAGUGGUAUGCAGUAACAUUCGUGCAUUGAUAUUUAGGUAUCCAGCAUAGACUGCUUAUAACGUAAGUCCCCAGAGCCACAAGUUUCCACACUAUUAGCAAAACAAUUUUCAAAAGCUGUGCACGUGCAAAACAUGUAGACCAAGCAGCCAGUGCAUCCAAGCAACAGCGAGCGUGCGUGGAGACCGUCGAAGGUGAGGGAGUUGAGAGAGAGGGCGAGGGGAGCGGAGUUGCGAGGGAGAGCGGGUCGUCGAUGACUGAAGUCAUUGCCGCUGAUCAUAAUCAUGUUGGUGUGCUCCCUUCCGUUGCGGCAUAGCUGCAUUCAAAAGACAAGGAGAAUGAGGUACUGUGUGUCGCCUUCGCGUCCUUGUAUUCAGGGUCCGUCUUGUACAGAAUCGGAUAAGGCGCACUGUAUCCAAAAGCCUUUCCAUUGGGAUGUCUCGGUUUAAGCUCGUCAUUGUAAAACAACAAUUGCAAACCAUGACAAUCAAAACAAGCCAGAACGAGACCAAACCAAGCUAACCAAAACAAGUGCAAGCGAGAGCUGACUCGAGCAGAUGAUAGUGCGAAACAAGUGGUCCGGCUGAACCAGGUGCGAGUUUGAAUAGAGCGGUCGGGCGGCUUCGCAUGACACUGGUUUCCUGCACUUACGUCACUGAAGGGGCUGCUCUCAUUGGUCUUCUCCGCUCACGGCUCGCUUGCCGCCGUGGCAAGCCGUGAAAAUUGGCCCAGGACCAAUCCCUCCCGCAGUGCACGUUUUUCCACUAGUGUGGUUGGGGCAUUAAAGUGCGACGCAGAAACGACGACCUUGCCAUUUGAGAGAGGGUGAAAUUUCUGCCACUUUUUUUUUUUUUUUUGUCGUUGCAAGUGAUGUUCAGGGGCCUCUCCUAAACUUUUCCUUUAUGGCGGAGUCGGAGCAAUGCUGGUCGGAGGAGCCGCCACGUGAUUUGGCGCGCUGCUGAGAGCAUUGUUGGAGCAUGGUAUGUCCGAAUUAACCAUCGCAAAUGCUUGUGCGUUAGAAUUACCGGGCGUUUUCGCCCAUUGGAAUACACAUAACUUUGACUCCGGGACCACAGCGUCAGUUCGAUUAAACCGGAAGUACGAAUUAAGCGUGCUUGAAUUAACGAGAUUCGACUGUAUGUACGCAUACUGGUAGGGAUGGCAAAAGCUCACAUGUGGACAACGUUUCGAAUUGAUGAAUUUUCAGAACACAGUUCAAUCUGACAGCGUUGCGGAGUCGAGGUCACACACGCUAUAUCUGCACUUCGAGAGAACACACAUCGCGACAAAACGCACUUGCGGCAUUGACGGAUUCUUCCAUGGAGCUAGAUUUGUAAAAGACAACAAAUUGAUUUUACCUUCGAAAUUCGUUUUUUUUCGGCCUGCCCAAUAAUUCAGGCAUUUUUGCGACCCCGUCCGUUUUCUGAAAAUUAUCACUCGACAACUGUAUUUACUUUCUGCACACAAAGUGAAGAGCCAAAAAGCCACAGUAGGCAUGCGUUCAUUGUGGAACGUGCUCACACUUUGGUAUUCGCUGUUUGUGACAGUCUUAGAAUUCAUUGUUUGUAAGGGGCAUUGCAAAGACCUUGUGCCUUACUUAGUCAUUACCUGUGCUUGUUGGUAAAUUGUACGAAUUUGUAAAUGUAAACAGCCCAUCCAUGCAUCUUGCCUCGCUGGGAACUGCUAAUAAAGUUGGACUUACUGGUGGGCUAAGUAGUUGUAAUCGUUUAACAAGAUGAUGUCAAUUGUCCUACUGAGGUCAUUAUUGGGUUAUCAUUAUCGUUAUUUUCACAACAGAUGUUCUUUCACCGUUGUGAUAAUUGCUUGGGAAAAAUGUCUGGCAAUGGCUGUUGUACCGACUGUUUCAGGGAAGAAAUCAAUGGCACUUGGUCAUAUCACACUACAGUACAUUGGAGCUUGGUUUGCGACAAGUUUGUGUGAAAUAUGUAUGUGUUCUUAUAUGCACAAUUAUACAGGUUGUUUCAGUGAACACUUUCAAAAAUUUCAAAAAAUUGCCUGUGGCAGAUAGCACAAUUCUAAUCCAUGAGCUGGUCUGCUUGAAGAGGUCGACAUUACUUGGAAAAAAGAUUGAAAUGCAUAGUAUACUAAUUUAAAAAGUUCACUAAUUAAGCUUUGAACUAAUCACCUUAUGGCACAUAUUGAAAACAAAUUCUGUCGGGCGAGACUGCAGGGUAUAUGCACUUAAAAGGAAUUCUGCGGAUGACACCAUUUAUGAGAUAUGUUCCGUCAAAGUUGCGGUAAAAAUGCACUGUCGUUCCACUUACUUUCUUAACAAAACAUUUUUUCAUGCAUUGAAGCACAGAAGUAACUGGAACACCGAUGCAAUUCUCCACAAAGUCCAGGAAUUAUUAUCUCCAAACAAGGUGUCAUCCUGAGAAUUCGUUUCAAGUGGAUCUGCCUUGCAAACUCCUCGGCUUGGAUUUGUAAAUUGCAAUAUGUGCCGUAAGGUAAUUAGUUAAGAACUUAAUUAGUUAAUUUUUGUUGAUUAGUCGAUUACGCAUUGCAAUUUUUUUGCAAGCUCUUUGAGUAGACCAGCUCAUGGACUAGAAUUGUGCUAUCUGCCAGAGGCAACCUUUAAAAAAUUCUGAAAGUGCUUGCUGAAAUGCCCAGUACAUUCAAUAUAAUUGAGUCAACAAGUCAAGGCUGUAGCUGUAGACAACAGUGCUAGUUCAUCUUUUUUAUUGCGUUGAGUUUUUUGCUAUUUAAUGCUUUAUGAAUUUAUCUCUCAGUUCAGGUGUGCAGUCUUAGAUUUUUUUUUUUUUUAAUGGAAAAAAGUGUUUCUGCAUAAGACGUUUGGCCAGUGCUGUCACUGUCGUAUGUAUGCAUCCUAGAAUGUGUCUCGAGAGUAUGAGAAGGGGUUAUGCUUUCGAAUCACAUGCUAAAAGAGGAUUCUUUUAUGGCCACAGCAUACCAACUUGCCAUUUUAUGGCAUGUUGGUAAGUGAUGACUGGUGGCAAUGUUCUGCACGAACAAAUUUUAACAUGCCUCUAAAUGUGAGACAGCCUUAGCACUUAGAUGAUAUCUUGUGUCUCAGAUGAGAUUUGUAUCUCCUGAGUGAUGCAUAAAUUUUGCGGGCUGUAUACAUAGCAACCUCUUCAAAGAAAUUGGGCAGCAAGCAGACAUAUUUCUGAUGUCUUUUUGAUGUAGUGUCGCCUCGCAGUGGCAUAUUCUUUUCACACCACAUGGCAAGAAAGCUGUUAUCAUUGCUAAAAUAAAUAACACAGCGUAGUAUUUUAUCUGCUUAUCUACACAGAAUGCAUUGUGGCCAAUACUACGGUGCGGCCAUCACACUGCAUUAAAUGGAUAUGCAGAUGUUAGGCAACACCACACUGAAAACAUAUUGGAAACAUUAUGAAAACAUGUUUCAUGUGAUCACCUCUUUAGGCAACACAGCUGUCCUUUUACUGUCAUAUUUGUGCGGCUGUCUCUUUUUGGGUAUGCACUAUUUUAGAUUGGGGCAGUGUGCUCAGUGUCUUAUCUUUCACUCAGUUAUCUGUGAUGUUCCUUCUUUUUAAACUCGGCUGAAUGUGUUACACUGUACCAUUUUUAUACAACUCUUGUCAAACUUAUCGUGUAUACAGCAUUUUACAUAUUGCUCGUAAUGACUUCUUUCUGCUGCCUGUGCCACGAGGAAUUUGAGUAGAGGUACUGAGGAUUUGUAAAUGGCUCGACUGUCUGGUGAUUUUAACAGACACAGGGUAAAAAGAAAUGAAGAGAAUUCAUAUUUAGGAUAUAUAUAAUCAAUAUAUAUAGCACACAUACAGGACAUACAAAACAAAAGGUACCUUUUGGAGUGUGUCACUAGGCCAGGUUUCCAUCUGCACCUGCUCUAUUACUGUUUCAAGACUUCUUGAGUUAUUGUUGCACAUGAUGUUUGUUUGUGAACUGUUAUCAGCCGUGAGAAACAAUAAAUGGUGACCGGGACAA